UAGGUAACUAAACUUUUGGCUUAACUCAGCAACACUUGAGUUUCACAACGAAUUGUGAUUUUUAAGUUGGCCGCUUGCAUAAAAAUUUUCUAUUUUAUCAAACAAUAAACACUUGGCAAAGGAAAGCCUUCUUUUUAUCAAGUUUGCAAACGGUUUCCCCCGAGGAAUACUGAAAAAUUAAAGCAAGAAAAGCGCUACAAGGAGUCAGAAGUGACCACCAUGUCCAGAUUUCUAGCAGCCGCCACACAGCAGUUUCAAAAGGGAUUGCGUUUUAGCCGCAUGCUGAUCCACAAUACUGGCAAACAGCUAAUGACGGCCAAGACGCCCACGGCCACCAGGGCCACGCCCCCACCGCCGCCCAGGUGUCCCGUUGGUGAGAAAAAGCCUAAGCCGGGAACUUUUCCUAGCGGCGGAAAGCAUGCUACCUUCUGUGAUUGUCCCAAGCCCGAGGGCGACUUCAUGAGGGCCUGGUAUGCCAAGAACAGUCGGUAUAACCUCAUCCUGAUUUCCGGCGCUCUGGCUGCCUUUGGAAGCUGGGGAAUGGCCAUAUCUUCAGGCAUUCUCGGCCUUAACUGGACCAUACCUGAAUAUCCUUACAAUGAGGACGAGAUGGAGGACUUUGAGAUGGAGGAAGAGCGGCGUCGCGAGGAGAAAGAGGCUCGUCAGGAGCGGCACCAGGAUGCCAUCGAGGCCCGAGAGCUUGCGAUUCGUCGUCGCCAUGCCAAGGAGGCCAUGGAGCGGGAGGUGGACCUGAUGCAGCGCGACAUGGAGGAGGGCAUCACGAAUGAAGAGCUGGACGAGCUCCAGCGCCUGGCCGCCGAGCGAGAGUCCUUCGAGAUAUGGGAGAAGGACGAAAUAAAGCGUCUCGAGGAGCAGCAGAAGGAGCGCGACCAGAUACGCAAGGAGAAGGCCAAGGUCAAGGCCGAGCGUGACAAGGAGCGGGAGAAGAAGCACCGCGAGAAGGAGGCCCAGCUGGAGAAGGAGGAGGCUGAGCGUGAAAAGCUUCGCCAAAAGGCACGCAAGGAGCGCGAGAAGGCCGAAAAGGAGGCACAAAAGGAGAAGGAGAAGAUCGAAAAGGAAAAGGAGAAGGCUAGGAAGGCCCUGUCGGGCUAGAGGCUCCUCUCUAUAAUUUACUAUCACUUCCUAAUCAUCUCCAUCAAAGACACAAAUUCUCAAAGAAGUUUUACCAAAAAUCACUUCAAAAACUCGUAAUGUUUUAAUAAAUGAACAUAAAUUGCUGCUGCUGAACAAAAAAGCACUAAAAAAUAGA